UUCUUGCAGCGGACGAGAAGUCGUCGGAUGCGGAUAGAAGCAACAGGGCUCUCACUUGAAUCUAGAGAAAUCAGUCGGUUUUGUCCAUCCAGACUUGUUGCAAGCAAGCUCCUCUUCCUGGCAAAAGAAAUGGCUCCUCAGUCUUCAACAACGGAAGUGAUCCACUUGGUGGACGAUCAGAACACCAACCAGAAUGAACAGGAUCUCAGACUGAGAAAACAAUCUGCGGCCAAUGGGGAAGAAAAUCAGAAGCAAAGUGUCACCAAGAAGGAGGAUCAGGAGGUGGACGAGAACGACUUGUCGACUUCAACCGCUCCAGACACCAAAGCCUAUCAAAUGACCAUUGUGUGGCCGAAUGUCAUCAAGUUCGCAAUAUUGCAUUUGAUCUACUUCUACAGUUUCUUUUGUCUUACAUCAGUCAGCUACCAAACUCUUUGGUUCACUUUCGCGUGCUACGUUUAUGGCGGUUUGGGUAUCACGGCUGGAGCACAUCGUUUGUGGACCCACAGGUCUUACAAGGCCCGCCUACCGCUUCGCAUCUUCUUGGCCAUUGGGAAUUGCUUGGCAAUGGAAAAUUCAAUCUACAUCUGGUCUCGGGAUCAUCGAGUCCACCACAAGUACAGUGAGACCGAUGCUGAUCCUCAUAACGCCAAACGAGGUUUUUUCUUCGCCCACAUUGGCUGGUUGUUGGUCCGAAAGCAUCCCGAUGUCAUCAACAAAGGCGGCAAGCUCGACAUGUCAGACCUGAAGAACGAGAAAUUGGUCAUGUUCCAAGACAAGUACUAUAUUCCCAUGGCCCUGUCCAUCUGCAUCUUCAUCCCGACCCUGAUUCCGUGGUACUUCUGGGGCGAAUCCUUGUGGCUCUCCUACGUUAUGGCCGUAUUCCGUUAUUGCUCCAUCCUCAACGCCACCUGGUUGGUGAAUUCGGCGGCUCACAUGUGGGGUGGUCACCCUUACGAUGUCAACAUCUCUCCCGCCGAGAACCGCUUUGUCUCCUUCUUUUCCCAAGGAGAAGGGUUCCAUAAUUACCACCAUACCUUCCCUCAUGACUACAGUACUAGUGAAUGGCGAUACUCCUUGAAUUUCACCACCUUGUUCAUCGACAUGAUGGCCUGGUGUGGCCAAGCUUAUGACAGGCGAAGCAUUUCUCGUGAGGUCGUUGAGGCCAGAAUGGCCCGAACUGGAUCCGGUGCUAUCAAGCAUUAGAUGGUUCAAGAUGCAAUGGUCCAAGAGCCGGCAUUCAUCAUGGAUCAUGAGUACUGUAAACAUUUAUCACGGACGUGAGAAUUUCAUUAUGUCCAAGAAACAACCACAAUACCAACAUCAACAUUGAGAUUCGAUAUUUGUGAAUAGAGCAUGUCUAUCUUUUGUUACGCUAAAUCAUAUGCUUUGCUUCAUAAACUGGAACACCUUGACUGUA